AUCAAGACGGGGUCCAUUCUCUUUAGUGUUUGCCCUGUCGCCCCAAUGUCCAUCUCCUCACAGCCCGCAUUUUGAUACUAAAAUAACAAAGACUGACCCCUGGAAGUGGUCAUUAUUAAAGGCGAACGUUCGUAAAUCAUCGUGCCCUAUGGAGUAACUAAAAACCGAACAAAAGGAGCGACGAGAGCUUACAUUCAGACCUCCUCAAUCAACAGCACCUUCCCCAUUUGGCAUUCGUCAUUCCUAUCUUGACCUCAGCCCACUAAACUAUACCUACAAGAAUGUCCCAGCUCCAGUUCCAGUGUCCGUCUAUCCCCAUGCCUGCUGCUCCUGCCCCACUGCAGCUGGGGCAGCCGCAGCCUGGCUACAGCAUCCCAUGUGCAUCAGGCACCUUACCCUCAGAGAGUGCCAGCCAGCCCAUCAGGAGCUCUGCACUCCCCGCGGGCUCUGCCACUCCCUACAAUACCACAACAGUAUCUAACAUGGCAAACCCUAAAGAGAAGACCCCCAUGUGUUUGGUGAAUGAGUUAGCCCGUUUCAAUAAGAUCCAACCUGAGUAUAAGCUGCUUUGUGAGCAAGGACCUGCUCACUCAAAGAUUUUCUCAGUGAGGCUCACACUGGGAGAUCAACACUGGGAGGCAGAAGGGACCAGCAUCAAGAAAGCCCAGCAUUCUGCUGCUUCCUCUGCCCUCGCUGAGACAAAUCUUCCCAAACCCACCAUGAGAACGCCACGCAACACAGGCAAGAACCCAGUAGAUGGCAUGACACACACCAUGGAGUUGAAUGCACUAUGUAUGAAGCUUGGUAAGAAGCCUCUGUAUAAACCCAUUGACCCGUACCCGGGAAUGAGACCGCCAAACUUCAACUACAACGUCCGGGCUCCAGGACCUUAUCAGCGCUCUAUGCAACAGUACUACUAUCCAUUUCCUCCAAUGGGACCAAUGCUAUACCAAAUGGAGCUUACCAUCGGAGGACAGCAGUUUAUUGGAAAGGGACGUACGCGGCAGUUGGCUAAACAGGAGGCUGCUGCCAAGGCCGUAAAAGUGCUGCAGAAGGAACCCAUAUUGCAACAGAUGCCAGUGAUGAACGGAGAGCCCGAGGAGGAGAACCUCAACAAAUCAGAAAUUAGUCAAGUGUUUGAAAUUGCACUGAAACGCAACUUACCUGUCAACUUUGAGGUUUUAAAGGAAGAAGGCCCUCCACACAUGAAGAGUUUCCUAGUGCGUGUUUUUGUUGGGGAGUUCACUGGCGAGGGUGAAGGAAAAAGUAAAAAGAUUGCCAAGAAGCUGGCAGCAGCAGCAGUGCUGAGAGAGUUGAAGAGGCUGCCCCCCAUACCCAGUGUGGAAAAGAUGCUGCCACGCAUCAAAAAGAAAACCAAAUCCAUUAUCAAGCUACAGACCAGCCCAGAGUACGGUCAGGGCAUGAAUCCCAUCAGCCGCCUAGCUCAGAUCCAGCAGGCCAAGAAGGAGAAGGAGCCGGAGUACAGCAUGGUCACAGAGAGGGGUCUACCACGGCGCAGGGAGUUUGUUAUGCAGGUGACCGUGUGUGGCCAGUCUGCAGAGGGACUGGGACCCAGCAAGAAGGUGGCCAAGAGGAACGCAGCAGAGAAGAUGCUGGACCUCUUAGGAUAUAAAGUGCCUCAGCCCCAGCCCCCUAAACCGGCACUCAAAACAGAUGAAAAGACCCCAGUGAAAAAACCUGGUGAUGGGCGCAAAGUGACCUUCUUUGAGCCUGGCUCUGUAGAGGAGGUGGCAUUGGGUUCUAAAGAGGAGGACUACCGACUGCCUUACCUAAGCCAUCAGCAGCUACCUGCAGGCAUCCUUCCCAUGAUGCCCGAGGUGGCUCAAGCAUUCGGCGCCUGCCAAGUAUCCCCGGCCAAGGAUUUCAGUCGAGCCAUCCACAACCCAGGCAAAGCCACAAUCACUGCCAUGAUUGCCAACGAGCUGCUUUAUGCAGGGACGUCCCCGACCGCUGAGACUAUCUUAAAAAACAAAAACAACAUCAACCAACUGCCCCAUGGACCCCUCACCAGGCCUUCAGAACAGCUCAGUUAUCUUGCAUCGGUGCAAGGUCUGCAGGUGGAGUACAAAGAUUUCCCCAAAAACAAUAAGAAUGAGUUUGUGUCGCUGAUUAAUUGCUCCUACCAGCCACCGCUCAUUAGUCAUGGAAUUGGGAAAGAUGUAGAAUCCUGUCACGAUAUGGCUGCACUAAAUAUACUGAAGAUGCUCUCAGAGUUGGACCAGCAGUCAAAUGAAAGAGCAGGAAAUGGACCAGUCUCUGGGUGUGGCAAGCAGGAAAUCGAAGGUGACAUGCACCUCAAACAGGCUAACUCAAGCACAUUGGCACAGACCCUGGACGGCACGGUUUGAUCAGGUUUGGUUGCCUGUAAAAGCACUAGAGAAAAUUCAGACACUGUGUUCUUUGUCCGUUUUAGAAGGCUACAGGAAGCCGCGGGCUUCGUCACCGUUCAUAAUCAUUGUUCUGAAAAUGUUCACAGUCGAGCAAGAACGACGAGGGAAAACUAGUUUCCUUCGCUGUUGUUUAAUCGGACGCAUUCUUUUGUUGCUUUGUAGAAGAAGUAGCUGCAUCCUAGUCAAUGAGUUGGGAGUUGAACUGGUUGGGGGUGAAAAAUCAAAGGAUUGCCUGUGAACUCUUGUUUUGACUAGAAUUUGAUUCCUCUUUGUGAGUCCUGUUAACUCUUUGUUUUUGAAGUGUGUUAUGUUUUAUCCCCCGGCUGAAGUGGUUCUCAAACAAGAGGUUUGGACCUUUUCUUUGUCUGGGGUGCAGCUUCGCACGAACCUCUGUUGAUUUUCCUAGAGUGCUUUACAUCAGCAACCACAAGUGACAAGUGUGUUAAUGACAUUACCAUGUAGACUGGGAAGACUUUGUGACUAAAUGUGACUAGCGUGUGAUGUAAUGUGAUGUUGUCUCUGAUGUGUGUGGCAAAGACUUGCUGCAUCGGUUUCCCCACUUUCUCCUGUUUCAUCCCUUAUGUCAUCCUCCCUUCUCUCUCUCUCUCCACUCCCCAUGGUAAUUAAACUUCAGUGCUUCUGUGCACAAAACAAAA